AUGCUUAUUAUGUACGUCAUCUCGACCACAGACCUACUCCCAGUACGUCAUCUCGACCACAGAACUACUCCCAGUACGUCAUCUCGACCACAGACCUACUCCCAGUACGUCAUCUCGACCACAGACCUACUCCCAGUACGUCAUCUCGACCACAGAACUACUUCCAGUACGUCAUCUCGACCACAGACCUACUUCCAGUACGUCAUCUCGACCACAGACCUAGUACGUCAUCUCGACCACAGACCUACGUCAUCUCGACCACAGACUACUCCCAGUACGUCAUCUCGACCACAGACCUACUCCCAGUACGUCAUCUCGACCACAGACCUACUCCCAGUACGUCAUCUCGACCACAGAACUACUUCCAGUACGUCAUCUCGACCACAGACCUACUUCCAGUACGUCAUCUCGACCACAGACCUACUUCCAGUACGUCAUCUCGACCACAGACCUACUUCCAGUACGUCAUCUCGACCACAGACCUACUUCCAGUACGUCAUCUCGACCACAGAACUACUCCCAGUACGUCAUCUCGACCACAGACCUACUCCCAGUACGUCAUCUCGACCACAGAACUACUCCCAGUACGUCAUCUCGACCACAGACCUACUCCCAGUACGUCAUCCCCAGUACAACGCCCCAGCAUGCCCCAGCAACAGAACUACUCCCAUCUCUGACCACAACUACCCCAGUACGUCAUUCAGGCACAGAACUACUUCCAGUAUGUCAUCUCAGGCACAGAACUACCCCAGUGGUCAGUCUCAGGCACGAACCACUCCCCAAUACGUCAUCUCUGACCACAGAACUACUCCCAGUACGUCAUCCAGGCACAGAACUACCCCAGCACACGUCAUCUCAGGCACAGAACUACUCCCAGUACGUCAUCUCGACCAGAACUACUCCCAGUACGCCAUCUCAGGCACAGAACUACUCCCAGUACGUCUCCAGGCACAGAACUACUUCCCCAGUACGUCAUCUGACCACAGAACUACUCCCAGUACGUCAUCUCAGGCACAGAACUACCCCCAGUACGUCAUCAUCUCAGCAAGGCCAGAAUCCACUCCCAGCACGUCAUCUUCCGACCAGAAACCACUCCCCAGCACGUCAUCUCAGGCACAGAACUACCCAGUACGUCAUCUUGAUUCACAGUGGAACUACUCCCAGUAUGUCAUCCUGCAAGUACAGAACUACUCCCAGUAUGUCAUCUGCAACAGAACUACUCCCAGUACGUCAUCUCACAGGACAGAACUACUCCCAAACUACUCCCAGUACGUCAUCUCGACCACAGAACUACUCCCCAGUACGUCAUCUCUGGCACAGAACUACUCCCAGUACGUCAUCUCCCCAGGCACAGAACUACUCCCAGCACAGAACCGCUCCCCAGUACGUCAUCUAGACCACAGAACUACUCCCAGUACGUCAUCUCUGCGGCACAGAACUACUUCCAGUACGUCAUCUCGACCAGCAGAAACGUACUCCCCAGUACGUCAUCCAGGCACAGAACUACUCCCAGUACGUCAUCUCAGGCACAGAACUACUCCCAGUACGUCAUCUCGACCACACAACUACUCCCAGUACGUCAUCUCUGAAAACGGAACUACUUCCAGUACGUCAUCUCAGGCACAGAACUACCCAGUAUGUCAUCUCAGGCAGAAUCACUUCCCAGUACGUCAUCUCGACCAGAACUACUCCCAGUACGUCAUCUUCAGCACAGAAACCAUUUCCAGUACGUCAUCUCGACCACAGAACUACUCCCCAGUACGUCAUCUUCAGGGCACAGAACUACUCCCCAGUACGUCAUUCAGGCACAGAACUACUCCCCAGUACGUCAUCUCGACCACACAAUCACAUUCCCCAGUACGUCAUCUCAGGCACAGAACUACUUCCAGUGCACAAGUCACCCCAGCACAGAACCUUACUCCCAGAGCGUGUCAUCUCAGGCACAGAACUACUCCCAGUACGUCAUCUCGACCACAGAACUACUCCCAGCAAUGUUAUCUUCGACCACAGAACUACUCCCAGUACGUCAUCUCGACCACAGAACUACUCCCCAGCACAGUCAUCUCGACCACAGAACCAUUCCCAGUACGUCAUCCGACCACAGAACUACUCCCAGUACGUCAUCUGACCACAGACCUACUCCCUAGCACAAAUAUCUCGACCACAGAACUACUCCCAGUACGUCAUCUCGACCACAGAACCACUCCCAGCACGUCAUCUCGACCACAGAACUAUUCCCAGCAUAGUCAUCCCCGACCACAGAACUACUCCCAGUACGUCAUCUCGACCACAGACCCACUCCCAGUACGUCAUCUGACCACAGAACUACUCCCAGUACGUCAUCUCAGGCACAGAAUCACCCCAGUAACGUCAUCUCAGGCACAGAACCAAUUCCAGUACGUCAUCUCUGACCACAGAACUACCUCCCAGUACGUCAUCUCAGGCACAGAACUACUCCCCAGUACGUCAUCUCGACCACAGACCUACUUCCAGUACGUGUCAUCUCUUGACCACUACUCCCAAUACGUCAUCUCGACCACAGAAUCACCCCAGUACGUCAUCUCUGGACCACAGCAUACUCCCCAGUACGUCAUCUCGACCACAGAACUACUCCCCAGCACAGUCAUAUUCCCACCACAGACCUACUUCCAGUACACAGUUAUCUUGACCACAGACCUGUCACAGUACGGUCCCCUGACCACAGACCUACUCCCCAGUACGUCAUCUCAGGCACAGAACCAUUUCCCAGUACGUCACACCCACAGACCUACCCAGUGUCAUCUCGACCACAGACCUACCUCCUAG